AUGAUUGGUGCGGCCCAAUGGCCUCAACACCAGGGCACGAUACAGGCAUUCGCGCCGAAUCCGCGAAUGAAUUAUCAGGAUUCGCGGCGAAAGGUUCGGCCCGCCAACUCGGGCUCCAAACUCUUGACCCGGCCCGAGAAUGAACUCAUGUUCGACGUGUUGGGUGUGGAUCGAGUCUCAUUGUCGGCGGGUGUAAUUCAGUUGCUGAAGAGUGUGCGUGGACAGUGGCAACAUCAGCACGUUGGAGUGGUGUCGCUGAUCAAGGAUUAUCAGCGAAAAUUGUACGUAUUGACGUUGUUCGACAUCUACAAUGGCAAUCAAAUGUGGGAACAGGUUUUGUAAGUGUUUUUUGUUUGUUUGCUUGUAAUUUUAGAUAUCUGUGGAUUGAGUUUGAGGUAUUGUGGAGAUAUUAGGCUUAUGAGGCUACUGGCAUGGUUAAUAUCAGUUUAUGGCUAACUUUAGAAAACUUGAAGACUUUUAGGUUUAAAAAAUUGAAAAUCAGUUUAAUAUGGACAAAUGACAAAUUGGCUGUUUCUUCUAAGCAACACUAAUUUUUGGGCAUUUUGUGCUGGCUAUAUCAAUAUUUUCAAUUCCGUGACAUUUUUUGAAAUUCAAGCAGGGUUUUUUACCAUUAAGUACCUAUAACAACUGAUUUAUCAUUAAAGGCUAAGCAAUAAAGAAACCCAAACUACCUAAAUUUUAUAUUCUUUGAGAUAAUGUCAUUAAAAACGAUAUUAUUGUAGAUAUCGAGGCUUUAAAGCCAAAACCUAUCAACAAUGCCCGAAAUUCCUGACAUUCGAAAGCGAUGACAGUGUUUAUGGACUGAAUUUUUCGGACGAAGAAGAAGCCCACGAGUUCAAGGCUCACCUGGAAAAGCGAUACGAACAGGAACAAAAGAACAGUAAGUGUUGGUUGGUAAUGUAA